ACUUGUAUAUUUAAGUUACUUCUCGGUAUCAUAUUCUGCAAAGUACCAUGAUAGGAAGCUUUCAUCCGAAUGAUGGGGUUACAUUUGGCUGACAAGGCUCAAGUGCCAAGUGAGUAGUCAUUUUUGUCCACCUAUCGUAUAUCAGCGGCCAUCUUCGCGUAAUCUUUCUGGGGAGCUACGUUUUGUCAGUGUUACAUCAGGUUGUUGUCUCCUUACACUCAAGUUGGGCUUGUCCUCUUUGACUGAUCUCACAAGUGUCUGUAUAUAACCAAGCCAGUUCAAGUUGGCGUGAAACUUUGCACUAGCUCCCGAUCUAUCAUAUGAAUCCCCCGAGAUCUAGCACGACAGUUCGAAUAACCACGGACCUAGGUCUUGCGAGCCAAUAUACAAACUCGCCUGGGACCGUUAUCGAGCUGAAAGGCCGGACAGCUGAAGAAAAAGGCGAUCAUUAUCUUCAAUUAUCGCUGGCAGCCUUAAAAGAGCUCGCCGACUUGUUGGAAACCCCGCGUCUCUCAGAUAAUGACAAAAAGGCCUACCAUGAAGCUUACAUCAUUAACCGGGCUCAAUAUGACGACCUGGUAUGCCUCAGGGACCAACUUUGGGCGCAGAAGAAAUCUUUUCGCAAAUUCCUCGUUAACCUUUUCGUCCGCCGGUCGGAUUCCAGGCACUUUUAUAAAAUCACGUAUCGGAAUUUUAAGGCUAUCAAAAGAACUUCGGAAGACCUGGUUCGACGAUUGCUGCCGGAUACGCUUGAUAUCCUUGGUAUGUCAGGACGAGAGAGCAAUUUUCCCUGGCUGACGCCAAUCUGUUGGUCGGCUUCAGGAAGCCCCAGAGACUCCGCACAAGGCGAUGUUUCUGUUUGCGAGGAGAGUCCGUGUGACAUCGUAGAGGGUACGCAUACUCUCCGCAUUUUAUGGCAGAACAUUCAACAUUCCCUUGAUCAAGGCAAUAUUUCAGGUUAGUGCGAUUUCUUUUGUCUGCUCCUUAUUUCACAUAACGUGGAAUAGUCAGAGAUCUUCCUCCAAAUGACACCCUCAGAGGCAUUAAUGUAGAUGUACAUACUGAACAAGAAGCCGACGAGGCCCUUGCGACGCUGAAUCGAAUCGCGAUCUCUGGAGGAG